AUGAGCACUAAACACGUGGUGUUCAAGAAGAUUUGCAAGGACAAGUCGGUGGGAGUGUACAUGGGCAAAAGGGACUUUGUUGACCGUGUUGAUUCUGUAGAUCCUGUCGAUGGCGUCAUCCUGAUUGACCCUGAGGCAAUAAAGGGGAGAAAAGCCUUCGUCACACUGUCCUGCACCUUUCGCUAUGGCAGAGAUGACAUGGACGUGAUGGGCAUUGCCUUCCGCAGGGAGCUACACCUGUCCACCCGGCAGGUGUACCCGCCGCUGCAGGACCCUGAGCACAGCAUCCACACCAAGAUGCAGGCCAAGCUGCUGCGCAAGCUGGGACUAAACGCAUACCCCUUCUUCUUUGAGUUUCCAGACAACCUGCCUUGCUCAGUGGCUCUCCAGCCGGCGCCCAGUGACUCCGGCAAGCAAUGUGCUGUGGAGUUUGAAAUCAAAGCUUUCAGCGCUGAGAGUCACGACGCCAAAGUCCACAAACGGAGCGCAGUGAAGCUGAUGAUCCGCAAGGUGCAGUACGCUCCGGAGACGGAGGACACAGCGCCCUCUGUUGAGACCACCAGGGACUUCCUCAUGUCGGAUAAACCUCUUCAUGUGGAGGCCAGUCUGGAGAAGGAGACAUACUACCAUGGAGAAGUUAUCAAUGUGCAUGUCAACAUCACAAACCACUCCACCAAGACCAUCAGGAACAUCAUCCUGUCUGUGGACCAGGUGUCGACGGUGGUCCUGUACUCCAAUGACAGCUACGUCAAAUCCGUGGUCACCGAGGAUUCUGGAGAUGCAGUGUCUGCUGGCGCCAGCCUGCAGAAGGUCUACCGCCUCCUCCCGCUAUUGGCCAACAACAGAGAGAGGCGGGGCAUCGCGCUGGACGGCAAGCUGAAGCACGAGGACACCAACCUGGCGUCAUCCAGCAUUGUGAAGGAAGGGGUCCUGAAGGAGGUCUUGGGGAUCCUGGUGUCCUACAGAGUCAUGGUGAAGCUGCUGGUUGGAGGGAUGAUGGGCUCGAGUGAGGUGGGUCUGGAGGUUCCCUUCAAACUGAUGCAUCCUAAACCUGAUCUGGUCAGAGAGAGUGAACAGGAGGAGGAGAUGGUGUUUGAGGAGUUCAAGCGCUCCUAUCUGAGGGGGAUGGCGGCUGAUGACGAUGAGGACGGUAAUGUUUCUGGAGGAGACGACAUGGCGCCGAAGGAGAAGUAG